GCGUUGAGUGAUCGUCCUCUAGCCCCCGACCUGCUCAGAAUCGUCCUCGCGGCGGGGCGGUGGAACGUCGGAAGGGUUGUCGUUGGGCGGCAGGGGCGAGAUAGGGGCGUGGGCGGGGGCGUGUGUAGCGACGCGUUGAACGGCGGCGGCGGCGGCGGCUGCGCGGUCGCCGGCGGCGACGCUGGCUCGCUCUGGUGUCGGUCGCCCGCGCCAGUCUGCCGGCGGGCGCUGUUCCGGCCGCUUCUAGUGCUCCCAGCGCUGCCUGCUCCCUCCGCCGCCGCCGCCGCCGCCGUCAAAAUCUUCACACCAGCGAAAAGAACCGUCAAUGGGGAGUUCGUGAAUGAAGAGACUGGAAACCUGGGUUGCAGCAAAACAGUCUUCAUUUUGACUGAACUUUUCAGCUCUGCCAUGGUUGUCACCUCAACUACGACAACGGCGAUUCCUGCACCGCUGAGCGAGGAGCACCAGACAAGGCUGCUGGAGGCCAGCGAGCUCGCCUGCUGGAGGCGCAUUUUGGACGAGAAUGUCACAGCAGAGCAAAAUGAUGCCGGUGAGUCCUGCCCUCCCGUGUGGGAUGGCAUCUUGUGCUGGGACAGGGCGUCGCCUGGACAGUUACUCACCCAACGUUGCCCGGCCUACAUCGCUGGAUUCCAUUCGCAGGCCAACGCUUCGAAAUUCUGCACUGACGCUGGCGUGUGGUACACACGAGAAGUUAAUCGUACGUGGACAAAUUUCUCACAAUGCUUCAGCGGACCGGAAGCAACUGUUAUUAUGGAUAUUGAGGUUUCACCCAAGAAUGAAUCUCACAUCGAGCCGUUCUUACGAUCUCUGAAAACAAUCUCGGAGAUUGGUUACUCCGUGUCGCUGGCCUCGCUGCUGGUGGCGUUCUUCAUUCUGGCCAGUGUCAAGAAGCUGCGCUGCCCUCGCAACGUGCUGCACAUGCACCUGUUCGCGUCGUUCAUCAUGCGCGCCUUCAUGUCGCUGCUCAAGGACUCGCUGUUCGUGCAGGGCCUCGGCAUGACCACAGACCUGCUCACGCGGGAGGAAGGAAGCUACUUCAACAUAGAACACCAGAUUAAUUGGCCAUGCAGAACAAUUGUCAGCCUCUGGCAGUACUUCAUAAUGGCGAACUACUCUUGGAUUCUGAUGGAAGGGCUCUAUUUGCACAAUCUGAUAUUUCUGGCUCUCUUCUCAGAUUCUAGUUCAAUCACCAUGUACAUCGUCCUAGGCUGGGGCCUGCCGGCAAUGUUUGUGUUACCAUGGACGCUGUGCAGAGCACUUAUGGAAAACACAUGGUGCUGGACAACUAACGACAACACUACAGUCUUCCUUCUGAUAAGGAUACCAACUGUCGCAUCCAUUGUGGUGAAUUUUAUUCUAUUCAUAAACAUAGUGCGAGUCUUAUUGCUCAAAUUAAAAUCGUCUCUUAGUGAGGAAACGAAAACUUACAGACGAUGGGCGAAGUCCACUCUGGUGCUAGUUCCUCUGUUUGGCGUCCAUUAUAUGGUUUUCCUCGGGCUUCACCUAAGCACGGAUAGCACCGUUGAAAUUGUGUGGCUGUUCUGCGAUCAGCUGUUUGCUUCUUUCAAUGUGCGCGCCGAGCUGUCCAAGAAGUGGAGUCACCUCUCCUUCCCGGGGCGGCUGGUGCGCCGGCUGCGGCUGCCGGGCCGGGCGCGCCUCAGCAGCGGCGUCCUCGUGAGCAACGGGCGGUACGCGGGCAAGGCCCGCCACAGCCACCCGCGCGGCUCCUGCUACUCCAGCACGUCCUUCACCACCGUCAGCGUGCUGCCCUCGGCGCACUACUUGGCCGCCGCCGCCGCCGGCAAGAAGCGGCUGCCGACACGUCUGUUAAGGAGAUAAAUAACUGUGGACAGAACAGAAGAUGGUCUGGGACCGAUUACAGUUCAGAAACAAAUGCAGUCGAGUUGAAAAGCAUUACGUCAUCAAAGAACUACAUUGUGAAUAUGUGAAAAUGUCUUCGUCAUUUAUUUUGAGCAUACAUUCAACGUAGCUGUUUCAUAGGCAUUGUGUGUAUCUACAUUCUGAAUAAAUGUAUGUAGUCAAUAUGCCAACUCUUAAAAAAACUCUGAUGGAUAUUGAAUGCAUUUGAUGGAAUUGUGUAUAUUAUUGGUGAUUUAAGUUUGCAACGUACUAGAGAAUACUAAUGUGUAGGCUAUCUCUCAAAGAAAAAUUAAAGUGAAAAUGAUUUCCUCGUAUCUUGAAUUUGGAUUCUACAUUGUCACUAUCUGACAUUCAAAAUAGUAGUAUUAAAAUUAAUAUUAUCGUGGUAAUGAGCUAGCGAAUUGUGGUGCUAGGCAACGCCAAAGUCAAUUCUGUGAUAAUAAGCGUGUAAUUGUACUUUUCAACAAUUCUUUUGAACGUAAAAGAAUUAUUGAAUUCAUUACUUUUAAUAAGACUGUUGUAAAUAUAUUUUUAUUCGUAGGAUAUUUUUCUACUUAAAUGCCAUUUCAUUUCUUAAAUGUUAGAAACUCCUGAAAACUGUAGAUUUUAUAAAUAAACCUUUAAAUAUUUAAAAUGA